AUGAGCAGAGCAGGCCACACUCCUCCCGAAUCUCUCGGUAUAUCUCGCUCGGACUCGAAGGAUCCUGCCGAGACUUGUAGGGGUAUUACUGGGAAUGGAAGACAUUGUAGGAGAGCUUUGGCCGUUGGAGCUGUAGGGAUACGGCAUGGUGAGGAUGGAGAUGGGCCGGAGUUUUAUUGUCAUCAGCAUAAGGAUCAGGCGCAUACUGGACAGGUGCAGAGUGGGAGCGGAAGGAGGAAAGAGGAUGUUUUGAGGGAGAAGAGUUCAAUUGAGACUUUGGUGCAGAAGUUGGGGAUACAGUCUUUGGAUGAGAAGAAGAAGAAGACGAAGCAAAGUUUUGGGAAGUGGGAUGUUGCUGGAGUGGAGAGUCAAACAUCAAUCCCUGGACGAAGGAAGKAUAAUGAACCGGCAAAAAAGAAGAAGAAGAAGCCUGGCUUUUGGGCGUCACUAUGCUGUGGAGGGGCGGAUGAAAAGACGGAUGAUUAUGUCGAGAUUAUUCGCCAUCGAAAGCGCAUGGAUGCACAAGCACAACGACCUUCUGCUCAGAGCGUACCAGCUGCGAAAUCUACGAGCCGGCCAACACCAGAGCACAAAACAUCUUCCAAUACCGCCACAAACAACCUCCUCGCUCUUCUCCCACCUCAUCUUCCUCCGGAAACAACGUCAUCCCUCCUCUCCGAGCUCGUCAAGCCUAUUUCUCCAGCAGACGAAGAAGGCUUCAUCUACAUCUACUGGCUAACCACCAACACCCCCGACGAAGGGACCAAGCGAAAUCUCCUCGCUCCUCCCGAAAAGAAAACCAACAGAAGAGUCUCCGAUGUCCUCACCUCCGAACACUCCUCAGGGACCCGUCCAGGAACCAUCAUGCUCAAAAUCGGCCGCGCCAACAACGUUGCGCGACGCAUGAAAGAAUGGGAGCGACAAUGCGGGUUCAAACUCAAUCUUCUGCGCUGGUAUCCCUAUGUCAGUGGCAGGGAAGGAGGCGACCCCUCUUCUUCUUCUUCUCCGUCUCCUGCACCUUCGCCAACGAGGGGGGGUGAUGCCACCACGACUAAAGUGAGAUAUGUGAAACGUGUGGAGAGGUUGAUACAUUUGGAACUUGCGGGGCAGCAGGUCCGGAGAAUGUGUGGGAAUUGUGGCAAGGAGCAUCGGGAGUGGUUUGAGGUUGAGGCUACGAGGGAGGGGGUUAGGGGUGUUGAUGAUGUUGUUAGGAGGUGGGUUGCUUGGGCGGAGAAGACGGCUGGGUGA